CUUUAACAGAGCUGGUGCUGCACAGUAGGUGAGCACAGCCUGCAUUCAUCAGCCCUCCAAGAGGAGUAGGUGGGAGAGCCAGGUGUCUGCAGCUGCCCUGAAGAGACAGAAGUCAUGACCCAAGAGCGACUGUGGCAGGUCCUGGAUCCAUCCUGGGGAGACCUCCGUGCCCUCUCGGCUCUGCUCUGCAGCUCAGCUGCAGCUGUGCUGCUUCUGAAAUGGCUGGAAAGGAGGCAGGUCCAGCAGAAGAUGGAUGAGGCAAGGAGGUCUCGGCAUCUGGCCCUGGAGAGAAUGGAGAAGGCAGCUAGCAGGCUUAAACAAGAGAACCCGGGCACCCAGACCUCACAAAUCCUCUCAUUGACCAUGGUGGAGCUGGCAGAGAAGCUGAAGGAGGGGUCCCUGUCCCCAGAAAGUGUCCUCUACUCCUACAUGGACAAGGCUUUGGAGGUGAAUCGGGAGGUGAACUGCGUGACAGACUUCAUUCAUGGAUGUGAGGAUCAGCUCCAGAAACUGAAGAAGCAAAAGGAGAAGGGGCUGCUCUAUGGCAUUCCCAUCAGCAUCAAGGACCACAUUAACUGCAAGGGCCACGUCUCCUCUGGAGGGAUGGUGAAAUUUCUGGGCCAAGUGAAGGAAGAAGACAGCGUCAUUGUCCAGGUUCUAAAGCACCAGGGGGGAAUCCCCUUUGUGAAAACCAACAUCCCACAGACCAUGAUAAACUAUGACUGCAGCAACCUCAUCUUUGGGCAGACAUUGAACCCUCUCAACCCCCAGAAGAGCCCCGGGGGCUCCUCGGGAGGGGAGGGAGCUCUGAUUGCAGGGGGAGGCUCCAUCCUGGGCAUCGGCUCGGACGUGGCCGGCAGCAUCCGCCUGCCCUCCAGCUUCUGCGGGCUCUGCGGCCUCAAACCCACCGGCAACAGGAUCAGCAAACAGGGAGUUGUUGGUGCCCUCAUAGGAAUGCAGUCAGUGACAGGGGUGCUGGGGCCCAUGGCGAGGGACGUGGACAGCCUGGCCCUGUGCAUGAAGGCUCUGCUCUGCCAGGAGAUGUUCCAGCUGGACCCCAGCGUGCCCCCCAUGCCCUUCGAUGAGCAGGUUUACACCAGCUCGAAGCCCCUUCGCAUCGGGUACUACGAGGGAGAUGGUUACUUCCAGCCCUCUCCCAGCAUGAAACGGGCUGUGCAGCACGCGAGGAAGCUCCUCCAGGAUGCAGGCCACACGCUUGUUCCCUUUGCCCCGCCGAAGGUUGACUACAUGGUGGAUGAGCUGUUCACCAGAGGGAUUUUCUCGGAUGGGGCUGCCCACCUGGUAGACUGCUUCAAAGGAGACAUCGUGGAUCCCAACCUGAAAUCCCAGUACAAUACUUACAGGCUUCCCGCUCUGGUGAAAAGGAUCUUGGCUAUCAUUUUGAAACCCAUAUACCCACGAAUUGCUCGGGAUCUGGGCGCUCUCUGUGGAGUGGGAUCUGCCAAAAAUCUCUGGGAUCAGCAUGCAGCAGUGGCGGCCUACCGCACUGAGUUCAUCAGCAAAUGGAGGCAGCUGGGGCUGGAUGUGAUCCUCUGUCCCGUGCUGGGGCCAGCCUUCAACCACGGCUACGCUGGGAAGCUCUUUGCUGCGACCUCCUACACCAAUCUGUACAACGUGUUGGACUUCCCUGCCGGGGUGGUGCCGGUCAGCACGGUCACGAGGGCUGAUGAAGAAGAGCUGCAGCACUACCGAGGGCACUACGGAGACCCCUGGGACAAGAGGUUGAAAGAGGCGGUGUCAGGAGCCCUGGGGCUGCCCGUGGCCGUGCAGUGCGUGGCCCUGCCGUGGCAGGAGGAGCUGUGCCUGCGCUUCAUGAAGGAGGUGGAGACCCUGAGCCGCGACAAGAGAGUGGCAUAGUCACCACGGCCCCCAAGGAGAAGGGACGGCGCUGCACGACUGCCAGCAGCAGUGCAGAGACUGCACCGAGGAGGGGAGCGGGAAGGAAACGCCACCUCCUGACCCCUCUCCUUGCCAAUAAACACAGAUCCUGCAAGGAACCCAGAUGCCCUGCAGGACUGGCUUAAGAUAGGUUCAAACAGUGGUAAAUCUAGGAACUGCACUUCCAGCAAGGAUGGAUGGCCAUGGAUGUGGGUUCACCCCAAUUCCCAGCAGUGCUGCCUCCUGCAGAAACAGGGUGGUGCUGAGAGGAAAGGAUUACAGAAGGUCAAUAGUAUUUUCUUGCUGGCAGUGGAGCAACUUCAUAUGGAUGGAACUAUGGGCUGCCCCAGGAGGAAUACAGCCGUGUCCAUCACCUCCCACCGCUGUAAUUUGCUCACAAAAAUAAAAAUGGAACUAUUAAGCAAC